AUGGCACCAAAGUUUCUAUCUUUUCUUCCGAGAUUUUCUUCCGCUCCUUCGAAUGACAUUUGCCCCAAUUGCAAGAACUUAGCUCCGGAAAUCUCGGAAUCGGCUACUCGUAUUGAUAUCCCACUGUCGAAGAUACAAAAGCCAUAUGUCGGAUGUGCGCACUGCAAACUGCUCCAUGCCAUCUAUAAUCGCUAUAAUAUCAGCGUUGAUUGCACUGGGAUCAUUGUCGAUUGUACUUGGAACAAACCAGUUAUUCUUAAGUUUAAAGACACGCUGAAUGACCAUUUUGCAUCGUGGCACUUACUUUACAAGCCUCAAGGUGCCCUCCAAUCCAGAGUGCAAGAAAGCAGUGCUGAUCUUAUAGGGGCCAGUAUUUCAUCAUGGCCUGGCCUUGGUGGGCCAGGAGAAAGUCUUGGUCACCUCGGAUCUGGGCCCAGCCUCAAGUUUCUGCGAGACCGUAUGAAUGAGUGUCUGGAUGCGUCCGACGGCAGUCAUGCUGCAUGCCAGCAGGCAGUAAGCAAUCCAUUGCCGAAAAGAGUCUUGGAUGUCCGUGAGGAUAAGGUAAUACUUUGUAAUACGGCUGACCAGUCUGGAAACUAUUGUGCGCUGUCUUACCGAUGGGGACCACCUGAGGAGACCUUACGGACCACAGACAGCAACAUCGAUUCCAUGAUGAGCGGGAUAGAGCUGUCGUCAUUGCCUGGUCUACUUCGAGACGCCGUAUCCCUGACACGUCAGCUAAAUGUUCCAUAUCUCUGGAUUGAUGCUCUUUGUAUCAUCCAAGGAAAUAAGCAAGAUUGGGAGGCCGAGGCACCAAAGAUGGGUGAAUAUUAUAAAAAUGCCAUCCUGACGAUAGCUGCUUCGUUGGCGAAUCAAGUCUCGGAGAACUUUCUCGUGCCAAGGGAAGAGAUUCCUCAAGAGCGGUUGUCAAACUUGGACUUCACCAACUCCGAUGGAACUACAUCACAGGUAAUAGUGCGACGAAUUCCCGACUACGCUGGAAUUCCCCUGGUCGCAAGCUCCCCACUCUCCACAAGAGCGUGGACAUGGCAAGAGAAUGUCUUGUCAACCCGCAUCGCCCAUUUCUCUAAAACUGAAAUUAUCUGGGAAUGUCGAUCACACCAAGCGUUUGAGAAUGGUGCCAAGCUUGAGUGCUCCGUCGGUCUGGCAUAUCGAUACGCAAGAGCAGGUGAUGAUCUGGAAUAUUAUUGGAAAGCCCUCGUAACGGAUUACUCCAAACGAGAGCUUACGUACGAAAGCGAUAGACUUCCUGCUAUCAGCAGUGUUGCUUUGCAUUUUAGCACACUGGUUCCUGGUCGGUAUCUUGCAGGUGUUUGGGAACAGUGGCUGUUCUCUGACAUGGCGUGGUGGCCAUCUUGGGGCGUUGAGAACAAAUUUCCACCGAUGUCCAAGACGCGGAGUGAGAUGCCAAGUUGGUCUUGGGCAUCGAUUACCGGUCAGGUCCACUUUGCUCUUGAGACAUGUGUGAACAGCGACAAACUUUUUGCCAUCAAAUUUAUCCAUGGAGACUGCGCCUCAACUAGCGGUAAUAAUUUUAUGCAACCCAAACAGAAUUCAUCCAUUGUUGUUGAGGCGCCAGCAUGUCUGGUCGAGAUAUCCAGCACUGAUGUUCUUAGCAUCGGCCACUACGAAAUCAACGAGAAGGAAGAUACCUGGGGAGUGGAGAAUGUCCUUAAAAACAGACGGAAGAAGUCCGGCAUGUUUCACCCUGACACGGUUUUGCUGCCAGAUGGUCAGGUCACUACAAGUCAGGGGAUAUUUACCAGCGUUCGAAGAUCACGAAAAGACGAGGUAACUAGUCUGACUGCCUUGAAGACAACAGUCUUUUGUCUUCACUUGGGCGGGGGACGAUACCCCGAGCUGCCUAACCAAACAAUAUCGUCCAUACCUCGCUACAGAUAUACUCAAUUUUGGUUGGUUCUUUCGCCUGUAAAGGAGCAAGAAGGUCAGUAUAUAAGCUUGAGGCGCCUGGGACUACUUAGCCAUGGGUCACAAACCAUAAUGCGAGCCAAAACGAGUCGCGUAAGACUGGUCUAG